AUGAACUCUUCAACCAACAACAUCAAUGAUCCUACUACGUUUCUUGAUAUGCUCACUCAUGACCAUUUUGACUUGUAUGAAGGUGACAUCUCGAGUCUUGACAUGGAUCCCUUGGCUAGUCCAUCGGCAACAGAGAGUCAAUCAACAACAAACACCUCCCAAUUAGCAACCACAGAACGUCCAAGUAAGCGUCAAAAGCAGAGUGGUGUAUGGACAUACUACAUGGCAGUUGACAAUGGCGAAGGGGGCUCAAUACAAUGUAUGGUAAAGUGUCUUAACGGAUCUACAUCAGGACAAUGGAAGCACCUGAAAGCGAAGCAUACAAGCGUUUACAAUGAAUUGAAGAAACAACCUGAUAGAACGCAACGGAAUAUUGACGAACUCUUCCAAAGGUUUAACGUUCUGUUGGCUGAAUGGGUGGGUGGUGAUGAUCAAGCCUUUACUUCUGUGGAAUGCCCGUUUUUCAAGAAGAUGAUUUCCUAUCUCAAUGCUUCUGCGUCCAUACCAUCUGCUUUUACCAUUCGUAAUCAGAUUGUCAGCAACUAUAACAACAACCGUUCCAGUUUGGUUUCUCAAUUAUCGUCUCUCUCUCAAAUCGUGUUACUCAAUGAAAAUCAACAUGGGAAGGCUCUGGUUGAAUCAGCUGGCUUGAAAAAUAUUGAACUUUUAUCUUACUAA